AUGACCAAGAAUCAAUUCAAGUGUCUCAUUUCCGUGGCUGAUCUUCAAUCGCCACAUGAUGCAAAUGUUCGUACCCGGCUACUGAGUCGAAAUGAACGGGAUCCACAGUCGACGCUUCAGAAACUUACCACCGAGCGCCAGCAUCUUAUCAAUCUCAAGGCUGAUGCUGCAAUGAUCGGACAUCCCAGAUUCUCUAAGCCUGAUAUGGCUGCCAAAAGGAUUCGGCGACUUCUGGAAAAGAGAUCCCAACUCUAUUUCAAAAAGUUGACCACAGGGGACACAGAAGAUGAGCCGGCAUUUCGUAAAAUGCGGAAUCGCUGUAAAUCGGAAAUCCGCCAAUGGAACAUACGAAAACAAGCCACCAUUCUGGACCUCGCUCGAAAAAACAAAAACGUACUGUUCAAGUACAUGAGACAUCGCCGCAGAAACAAGCCAUCUCCACUAGUGGGCUUCCAAUUACGUCCCAGCUGUUCUCAUACCACACGGAAAAUGAGAGUGGGCGAAGUCGAUGGACGUGAUUACCACUUUACAACUAAGGAGAAAAUGUUGCAAGAUAUUGCGGCGGGAAAGUUUUGGGAACAUGCGGAGUUCGCUGGGAAUUUGUACGGCACAUCAGUGGCCGCGGUCGAAGAUGUUUUGGCCACUGGACGUAUUUGCAUUUUGGAUGUGGAGAUGGUCGGUGUUCGCACGAUUCAUUCUUUCCAAUCGCCUUUCAACACCAAGUUCAUUUUGAUUCGUCCUCCUUCGAUAGAGUCCCUAGAGCAGCGUCUGAGAGAACGGAACACGGAAACGGAUGAGACGCUGAGAUUGCGAAUUCAGCGAGCACGGCAAGAUAUUGAGUUCGCCGAGAGUCCUGCUGGAAGGAGUUUGUUCAACAAAGUGGUCAUUAAUAACGAUCUGGACACGGCUUAUGCGGAUCUGGAAGAAUUUCUGCGUCCUUUCAUUCAUCAACCUACGAGCUAACCUCUAGCAUUUCCAGAGAGAUUUCUCAUUUCCUUCUGGUUUAUCGGUUUAUUUAUUUAUUAUUUCGUCAGUUGGUCUAUUUGAUUCAAUGCGUGUUGUAUCAAGUGUAGUUUUCUGAACAAUAAGGGCUUUCAUACCUAUAACAUUUCUGGCUGCCA